CGCCGAGGCGCGCCCUCCAUUUUGUGGAACGCUAGAGCAGUAAGUGCGUCAGUUGUGGAGAGACGUAGACGAGUUGAGUCCUGGUCUGCGGGGAGGCAGACGGCUCCGUCGCAGACUACGGACCUCUCUGAGUCUCAGCUGCCAAAGAUCAGUCCGGUAGGUGAGUGGCUCACUUUGGGGGAAAGGCUUCUCGGAUCGAGGCUUCUUCAUGGCCACUCAGAUCGCGAGUGGCCUGGGCUGCUCUCUUUGCGGAGGACGGCGUCCAAUGAGCACAGUUUACUCGAGGAGGCACUAGCCGGACAUCAUGAGUGGCUGUCGAGUAUUCAUCGGGAGGUUAAAUCCAGCGGCCAGGGAGAAAGACGUGGAGAGAUUCUUCAAGGGGUAUGGACGUAUAAGGGAUAUUGAUCUGAAAAGAGGCUUUGGUUUUGUGGAAUUUGAGGAUCCCAGGGAUGCAGAUGAUGCUGUUUAUGAACUUGAUGGAAAAGAACUCUGCAGUGAAAGGGUUACUAUUGAACAUGCUAGGGCUCGAUCUCGAGGAGGAAGAGGUCGAGGACGCUACUCUGACCGUUUUAGUAGUCGUAGACCUCGAAAUGAUAGACGAAAUGCUCCACCUGUAAGAACAGAAAAUCGGCUUAUAGUUGAGAAUUUAUCUUCAAGAGUCAGCUGGCAGGAUCUCAAAGAUUUCAUGAGACAAGCUGGGGAAGUAACCUUUGCGGAUGCACAUCGACCUAAAUUAAAUGAAGGGGUGGUUGAGUUUGCCUCUUAUGGCGAUUUAAAGAAUGCUAUUGAAAAACUUUCUGGAAAGGAAAUAAAUGGGAGAAAAAUCAAAUUAAUUGAAGGCAGCAAAAGGCACAGUAGGUCAAGAAGCAGGUCUCGUUCUCGGACCAGGAGUUCCUCUAGGUCUCGUAGCAGAUCUCGUUCCCGGAGUCGCAAGUCUUACAGUCGGUCCAGGAGCCGGAGCAGGAGCAGGAGCAAGUCCCGUUCUGUUAGUAGGUCUCCUGUGCCUGAGAAGAGCCAAAAACGUGGUUCUUCAAGUAGAUCUAAGUCUCCAGCAUCUGUGGAUCGCCAGAGGUCCCGGUCCCGGUCCCGAUCAAGGUCCAGAUCAGUUGACAGUGGCAAUUAAACUGUAAAUAACUUGCCCUGGGGGCCUUUUUUAAAAAAGCAAAACAAAACAAAAAAACCAAAUUCCCAAACCAUACUUGCUAAAAGUUCUGGUAAGUAUGUGCUUUUCUGUGGGGGUGGGAUUUGGAGGGGAGGGUGGGGUUGGGCUGGAUAUCUUUGUAGAUGUGGACCACCAAGGGGUUGUUGAAAACUAAUUGUAUUAAAUGUCUUUUGAUAAGCCUUCUGCUCACAUUUUUGUGAAUGUCUGAAGUAUAUAGUUUGUGUAUAUUGACAGAGCUCUUUUAUAACUAAAGCCAGUUUAAUUUUUUUUGUACUAGAAAAAUUUGAAUAUUUUAGUUCUGGUUAUUCAAUUAUCUUAAUUCAGAAUUAGUUUAAUGCCUCAAUUAAACUAAUAGCUUUGGACACAUAAAAGAGCUCUAAAUUUGCUUGUACAUAAAGGCUUAAUUUGAGUUUCCCUUGUUAGGGUCAAGGGUGUCCUUACCCACCAUUUAACAGCUGCCUGGCAAAAACACAUUAAAGCAGCUGUUUGUUAUUGAUAAUAAAAGAUUAUAAAACU